CAUAGUAACCAGUCUUGCCGUACAGCAGUGUAGAUACGGGUUUGUUCCGUCCAAAAAUCUGUUUAAUCGCUUUAUUUGCAUACCUUUUACAGUUUUCUUUAAGCCGUACGUUUUUUAAAGCCAACUACUGUAAAAGAGAACCCGGCGUUUUAUUUGAAACAACUGAUGUUUUAGGAGACACAGGCGGACAGACACUGCAGCCAAAACCUCUACUGUUCAGUGUCCGGAAGUUCUGAAGAAAAAGUGAGAAAGGCUCGAGGAAACAAAAAAAAGUUAGAAGUACUGAACGUUUCUCUACCAGCAAACUCUAACGCGAUAUCGUCCUAACAACCUGCCGAGGAGGUAAAACGUUCUUGUUGGUGUAUGAAUCUGCGUGCAUUGAUCAUUUAUCGAUGGGUCUGCCGACGCUGGAGUUCACUGAUUCGUUCGUGGACAGUCCGGAGUUCAGAGAGCGGCUGCAGUGCCAUGAGAUAGAACUGGAGCGAACCAACAGGUUUAUCAAAGACCUCAUCAAAGAUGGAAACAUGCUCAUAUCUGCCCUCACAGGACUUUCCCUUGCUGUUCAGCGUUUCUCUCAGUCUCUGCAGGAGUUCCAGUUUGAGUGUAUUGGUGAUGCAGAGACUGAUGAUGAAAUCAGUAUAGCUCAGUCUUUAAAGGAAUUGUCUCAGCUCUUGAGUGCCAUGGAAGAAGAGAGAAAACGACUGAUUCAAAAUGCCGAUGAUGUGUUGAUCUCACCACUGGAGAGGUUCCGUAAGGAACAAAUUGGAGCUGUUAAGGAGGGAAAAAAACAGUUUGAUAAGGAGACAGAGAGAUACUACUCUGUUCUGGAGAAACACCUCAGCAUGUCUUCUAAAAAGAAGGAAUCACACCUACAGGAGGCUGAUUCGCAGAUGAGUAAAGACAGGCAAGUGUUUUACGAUGCAUCACUCCAGUAUGUCUUCAAGAUCCAGGAAGUGCAGGAGAGGAAGAAGUUUGAAUUUGUGGAGCCGCUAUUAGCCUUCCUGCAGGGGUUAUUCACAUUCUACCACGAAGGCUAUGAGCUGGCCAAUGAGUUUGAACCUUACAAGCAGCAGCUUCAGUUCAACCUGCAAAACGCUCGCAACAACUUUGAAAGUACACGUGCAGAGGUUGAGAGGUUGAUGAAGAGGAUACGUUCUGCUGAAGAGGACUUCAAAGCCCCCAGCAGUUUUACUAUGGAGGGAUAUCUGUAUAUACAAGAGAAACGUCCACUGGGCAGUGUGUGGACCAGAUACUACUGCACAUACGAAAAAAGCUCCAAGAUGUUCACCAUGAGCAACACUGAUGCCAGACCAGCCAACAGACAGAAUGGAGUGGUGAAUGGUGCUCCAGAGAUGUUCAGGCUGCGUUCGUGUGUCAGACGGAAGACAGAAUCCAUCGACAAACGUUUCUGCUUUGACAUUGAGGUGGUAGAGAGGCACGGUGUUGUCACCCUGCAAGCACUCUCUGAGGCCAACAGGCGCCUGUGGAUGGAGGCCAUGGAUGGGAAAGAACCUAUUUAUACUCUGCCAUCUUUGCUCAGCAAAAAGGAAGAGACAUUUCUCAAUGAAACAGGCUUCAACUUUGUUAAAAAGUGCAUAGAGAUAGUGGAAAGCAGAGGCAUCAACACCCUGGGCCUGUAUAGGACUGGAGGCGUAAACUCCAAAGUGCAGCGGUUGAUGACAAGUGUGUUUGCUUCCACGGCUCCUUCUGAAGUGCAGCUGGAUGCAGAUGCUUGGGACAACAAGACGAUCACCAGUGGCCUAAAAAAUUAUUUCAGGUGUUUAGCGGAGCCACUGUUGACCUACAGACUACAUAAAGAAUUCAUCAAGGCUGCCAAGUCCGAUGACCAGAAGUAUCGAGUGAGAGCAAUUCAUGCACUUGUUCACAAGCUACCAGAGAAAAACAGAGCAAUGUUGGAUUUAUUAACUCAUCACCUUCUCAAGGUUUCCUCUCAUGAUGAUCAGAACCUGAUGACAGUUUCCACUGGAAUGAUUUUCGGCCCCACACUGAUGAGGUCACAGGAAGAGACUGUGGCUGCCAUGAUGAACAUUAAGUUCCAGAACAUAGUAGUGGAAAUUAUUAUUGAAAAUCAUGACAAGAUCUUUGGCGAGGCCCCCGACUUGCCCCUGCCGUUAACUCAGGCUCCAUCCUCUCGGUCAACUCCUCGACGGAACAAGGCUAUCUGCUUGUCAUCUGGAAAGCGGAGGACACGCCUCUACCCUCCUGCUCUGUGCCUGGCAGACAAUGACAGUGACACAUUCAGUAGCAGUCCCAGUACCACUCCCAUGGGCAGUCAGGAGUCUCUCUCCUCCCACUCCUCAGAAAAAAAAGAGUGUCCUCAGGCGUCACCUCCGUCCUCUCCUCCCGUUGAGCCUGUCUCAUCCUCCACAGAGGAGGCGUCUCCUCCUGAAGCUUCCUCCUCUUCUCCAUCCCACCAAAAAGAAAAUGGGAUUGAAGACAAGCAGGAGACAGAGAAUGUUGCCUCCCGUCAGCUCACACCAUCGUCCUCCUGGACAUCUCAACAAAUCGUAGCCCAGCAAACAUCUUCUGAGUGCUCCUCAAUGUCUUCAUUGCUUUCCGCAGCAGAAAAGAGUUUGCCAAUCAAAGGAAGCUUAAGUGUCACCUCCUUAUCUUCUGUGAAGGAGGCCAGAUCUCCCUCCAGGGCCUCUUCAUCUCACACCCCCACCCAGCAUGCAUCAAUGGAGUGCAUCUCCUCCCUAAGGGAGGGUCAGCCUGUUCACCGAGUGUCCUCCGCCUGUUCUCUGAAAAGCACUCACUCUGUAGAUCAGAGAGCUUCAUCAUAUGGAUCCUCUAACACCACAAAUGCCAGAAAUACAGACUAUACGUCUUCUUCUCGGCAGGACAGAGCUGCAUAUGGGACUGCCUCCUCCUCCUCUUCCUCCUCCUCAUCUCUGUUUCCCUACCCACUUUCUAUUUCAUCCUCUCUCACCUCUCUACACAUCUCAGAGGAUUACAAAAGCUGUCAUGGAUCAGUACACAGUCUCAUGUCACUGGAACAAGAGACGGCGCACCCUCGUAAAGUUUCACACAUCCGAUGUGGCUCUGAUUUGAAUUCAAAGCAACCUGUAACCAAAUCAGCUAACAGUUCCCAGAGACCUGGAUCAGUAUUAUCAGUCAGUGCACCACAGCGUGAGAGUGGAGUCUUUUCCUCCGCUUUAGAUUUAUGUUCUGCCGGAAGGGAAGCAAAGGCUCUUUAUUCCUGUGAGGCAGAACACAGCCACGAACUCAGUUUUCCCCAGGGGGCAUUGUUCUCAAACGUAUAUCCGUCUGUGGAACCCGGCUGGCUUCAAGCAACAUACAACGGCAAAACAGGACUCAUUCCAGAAAACUACAUCACAUACAUCUGAAAACCUCUGAUCUGUUUUUACAUACAAGUGAGCUCGAGUGCAUAAAGUAAUAUUCUGUGCUGAUGAUGGAAGACAAAAAUGAUCAUAUAACUGUGACAGUUACCACUGAAUAGCAUGAACGUCUACUUCAGCUGGAUAUGAAUUAAUGUGAAAACUGUAUGUAUAUCUGAACCAUCUGAGUUGUUGUUAUUAUUACGUAACCAACAUAUAACAUGGCAGAUGUUAAAAUGUGUAAAUUUUCCAUUUAUACAUGUUUUUAAAGUUAUUAUGUAGGAUCACUGUACAUACACCUACCUGUACCAAGAUACACCAGACGAAAAUUGACAUUUCAGUGAAAUAUAAAUGCUGGUAAUUUAUGUAUUUUUAAAAUAAUGGGGGAAGCACCAAUCAGAUGCCAGAGUUGGUUUCCAUUAUGUUGAAAUCAGUAGUCAUCUCUGUGUUGAACUGAAUAGAACUUAUUUUCUUUUUAUGUGAAAGGUAAAAUGAGGCUGUGACUAAAAAUCACAUUGUUAGUUGGAAGCCAUGACUGUAUUAGCCGGCAAAAACAUGAGAAUUGCAACAAAGAAAUGGUAUUUAUUGUAUAUUGAUCACGUGUGUGUGUGUGUGGCCUGAAAAACUCAGUAUUAUCAUCAAUGCAUGGUGCUGCUUUUAACAUCAGUGCAUCCCUGGUGACCUGUCUUGCUUUGCAGAUUUUUGUCCCCAAUUUCCAUUUCAAAAUUGAGGAACCGUUUUAUUAAAAUAAGGGGCAAGUUUUGUAUUUCCUACUAUUAUAUGAUCGCUUAUGAACAAGUAUAAUGCAUGAUUGCAGAGUAUUGUCUCUUAUUGCCAAACACACUCGAUUACAGUUGAGUCCCUUAUGGGAGUGCUUGUGCACAUGCGCACAGUGCUACACCAUGCAAUUUAUGUGCUACUCCCGUGUUAUUGCAGUUAACACCAAACUUCUCCACAAAGCAAAAAAUGUAUCUUUUAACAUCUCAGAACUGUCUUCUGUUGAACAGCCCGACUUGUUUUAUUAUGGGAUUUAUGUUGCAGAGGAGAAUCAGGAGGAGGCUUCUGUUCAGAGAACUAUAGGUCCCAAUCACUGCAUGUUGUACCCAGAUGUGCACAUCACUUACUUUUGCCAUAUGCUUUUUUGCCAGUGUGUGAGCACUCCCCCUCUCACAGCUGCUGCAUUCCAUUCCACUCAUUAUUGCAUCCUGCUCCAGUCAGUUUUCCUCCUGCUCCAGUAAAAUCAAUCACUGCUCACUCUAAAACAGAAAACAGUCUGCAUGUAUUUUAAUUUUAACUUAAACUAUAGUCUGGCAUCAAAAUAACUGAGCAGACAAAUCGAUAUUCAAGCAUAAAUUAUUUAUUUCAAGAUGCAUUAGCCAGCUGUGAAAUUAAAGUCGGAUGUAUGGCAUGAAUUGGUUCAGUACCUCUCAAAUGGAGUGAGAGAUAAGAUGAUGCUCCAUUUUUUCUAAUAUACCACUCCAUGCUCUGAAGUGGUAUAUACAGUUUUACAGUUUUUAACUGUAUUUUGCUCCUUCUUCUUAAAUCCUGCUGUCAUUCUUUUGCAUUUUUGCAUUUACUUUCAAAUUCUUAAAACCAGUUUGCCUCUUUUUCCUCACUGAACAGGUGUCACAAAUUUUCAUUGUUAACUAGCAUUAAUGAAAUGUUACAUGUUAUGUGUGACUGCAGUUCCUGUAAAGAAUAUUCACCUCCUUUGGGCUUUUUUGUUUUCAGUGUUUUAUGACACCAUAUCAAAAUAAAAACAAUUCUUUAAUUUUCUUAAUCUACUAAUAUAAGCAACAGGUUGGUCGGCGUUGGCAGUGUCCCACAGCAGUCCUGUACUCAAGUUUCUUGAAAUGGAGCAACAUCCUUCCAUCCAUUUUUUAUACUCCACCUGGUGGACAUUUUCCAUCAAUGCAGAUACAAGUGUUCUACCAAGAGCUCUAGUACAUUAAUGUUACAAAUACAUGCUCUUUACUCUUGAAAACAUGAAGACAUAUCUACAAUAUGAUCUGCGACAAAUUAAAUAAAAAAUAUUUUUAAAAAAUUUAAAUAUGAAAGUAUUUAGCAGCCAGGUAGUCUUCCAAGUUUGUUUUGAGUUAAUGUCCUGACAGUAAAUUAACUUAACAUGAUUUCUGAUUUGGCUUUAAGAUCAUCAUUAUUGCUUGUUAAACAAACUUCCCAUUUUUCAGGUUUCUUGUAGAUGCCAUUGGGUUUCAUGUGCAAUUCAUGUGCUUUACUGCUACAUUCAUGUUACUGUGUAUCCUAAGAAGAAUCACACAAGAAACAGAGAAGCAUCAGCACAGCGUAUUGCUGCCAACACCAUGCUCCAUUGCUGGGAUGGUGGCAUGCAGCAUUUGCUUUUCACCAAACAGGCAUUUGGCCUUACAUCUAAAAUGAUGUCAUUUGGUCUCAUCUGAACUUUCUUCUAGUUGUCUUUAUAGUUUCUAACACACCUUCUGGCAAACUCAAGCACAGAUUUAAUAUGUCUUCUUUUAAACAAUGGUUCUCCAGUUCCAGUUUUCCACAAAGCCGUAAUUGGUGACCAAACCUGGCAACAGCUGGUUGUAUGCACAGUCUGUCCAAUCACAACCGCUGAAGCUUGUAUCCACUUUCUGUUGUGGGUGUUUGGUGGUUUCCCUCUCUAGUCUCUUUGCAGUUACUCAGAUUUUGAGGAAAACUUCCUCUAUGCAAAUUUGCAGCAAGGCCAAACGCUUCCCAUUUAUUAAUGAUUGUUUUCACUGACCUCAAAGUUAGAGUUGGUGAGAGAUGUUUUCUUGUGUCUGUUCCUGACACAUGCUCUUCAGUCACCUUCUGAUGGAGUCACCCAUGGAGUGUUCUUUUGUGCUCGUGCUCUAGACACAGGUGUAACAGAGCUCAUCACCAUUUUUACAUGUGACCAUUAUUCCACUAACUGGUAUGUGACUUCUAAAGACACUGCUGCAAAAGUGAUUAUUUAACUGUGUAAUAUGUUAAAGAUAUUAACAGGGAUAAUUGGUAUGCAUUACAGAUUGUGUUUUUACAUUUUUGACUUAAUUUUGUUCAUGUUUUAAAUCUUUGUUUCUACUUUGGAGAUUAAACAGCAUCAUUUUCUU